CUCUCUUCCCAUACAAUCUCCCUUUAAUUAUUUGCUGUACAGUUGAAAUGUAUUCCGGUCGCUGAACGCCUCACACAUCCUCACCCUCACCCUCACCCUCACCCUCACCCGCCCCACUCCUGAAAAAACCCAAAACAAUGAGCAGUUGAGCUUAAAUGGCUGUUAGAAAGCUGCCUUCCAUUCUCUCAUGGGAGACAGCCCACCUCUGCACCACAAACCGGUACCAAAAACCUUAGAAAGGCCUAGCUUUCCAUAUAGAAAUUAGGAGACAGAACUGUGGGAGCCCUGUUCUCCUCUUCUUCCCAUCUUCUUCUUCCACCUUUCUCCGCCUCCCUCCGCUCACUGUUAUUUUCCACAUCCAGAUCUCACCCAAUGUUCACCAUAUCUUCUUCCCCACUCCCGCCGGCUCAGUCCGAACCCAUUAUUACCAAAAAGAAACGCCGGCCGGCCGGCACCCCUGACCCGGAUGCUGAGGUCGUCUCCUUGUCACCGAGAACGCUCCUGGAAUCCGACCGUUAUGUGUGCGAGAUCUGCAACCAGGGAUUCCAGCGAGACCAGAACCUGCAAAUGCAUCGCCGCCGGCAUAAGGUUCCGUGGAAGCUGUUGAAGAGGGAGUCGACGGUGGAGCCGGUGGCGAAAAAGAGGGUGUUUGUUUGCCCUGAGCCGAGUUGCUUGCACCAUGAUCCGUGUCACGCGCUGGGCGAUCUCGUUGGGAUUAAGAAACAUUUCAGGCGAAAGCACUCGGCGAAUAAGCAGUGGGCCUGCGAUCGCUGUUGUAAAGCUUAUGCGGUUCAUUCGGAUUAUAAGGCUCAUCUUAAGACUUGCGGGACAAGGGGACAUUCGUGUGAUUGCGGCCGCGUUUUCUCCAGAGUGGAAACCUUCAUCGAACACCAAGACAGCUGCAGCACAGGCCGCCGCCGAUCCGAACCCUGCACUUCUCAGCAACUAACCUCCCUCUCCCACCCCAUUUCCAGCCCAACCCCCUCCACCGACACCCCGCCCGCUCCACACCCUCCUCCCCCACCUCCAUACCCCAAAUUUGCAUUCCUCUCACCACCAUCCUCACAAAACUUCCACCUUCCUCACCUUCUCCCUCCUCCAUCCACCGAACUCGACCUCUCCAUCGGCCCUCCACUCCCUCGGCGAACGCAUAUCGAAGACAAAAUCCUCUCCGCAAUGACCGCGUCGGAUGAAGCCCGGCGGCAGGUGCAGAUGGCAGAGAAAGAGCUCGCCGCCGCUCAGCGAAUACGGCAGCAAGCACGGGUUGAAUUCGAAAAAGCCUGCGCUUUGCGAGCCGCCGCCGCGCGACAAAUAAAUGCAAUACUUCUCCAAAUUACUUGUCAUGAUUGCCAGCAGCGGCGGAGGUCAAAGGCGGCGGUCACCACGGUUGUAGAUGGUGGAGAUGGAGAGCAACAGUUGUGGCCAAAGGUGCCUCCUUUCAAACUUUAGGUUUUUCCUUUUCUUUUGGUUUUUCUUUAUGUAAGUAUUUGGUAAUUGGCUGCUUAAAGUUGAGAUUCGAAUGAAAUCUUUGUUAUUGUUGGCCUCAACUAUCUCUUCAUUUUUCUUAAU